GGAAAGAGAGCGGAGAAUCGAGGGGAUCAGCGAGGUGGGGGAGCAGCCGGAGGAGAGAACGGGGAGGAGGAGGAGGGAGAAGGAGGAGGAGGAGGGAGAAGAAGGGAGGGGGGAGACGGACGCGGGGGACCACGCUCGCUCGCUCGGAACAAGCCGGGCGACUCGAGGCACCGCCGCGCGCCCCUGCAGGAAGGAGCCCCGCGCCGCCCGGCAGAGCGAGGUUCCAUCAUGGGGAAUCUACUCAAGGUUCUCAACAGCCCCGACUUGGAGCACGAAGGGCCCAACUUCUUCCUGGACUUUGAGAACGCGGAGCCGAGCGAGGCGGAGCGCGACGUUUGGGAGGAGGUGAACGCCGUUCUCUCGGUGGCCGAGACGCUGCUGUCCGAGCUCAGGGACUACCCGGGCGCGGGGAGCGAGAUACGGGAGGCGAUCUCCCACCCGGAGGACGAGGCAGCUCAGAGCCGCGUCUGGGCGGCCGUGUGUCCCCUCGUCUCCAAACUCAAGGGCUUCUACGAGUUCUCCGUGCAGCUCGAGCGAGCCAUGGUGCGGCUGCUGGAAGUGCUCACGGCUCCCCCCUGCACCCCCGUGCAGCACCUGGAGCGGGAGCAGGCGCUCGCCAAGCAGUUCGCUCAGAUCCUGCACUUCACCCUGCAGUUCGAUGAACUCAAGAUGACAAACCCAUCCGUUCAGAACGACUUCAGCUUCUACCGCCGAACCCUGAGUCGCAUGCGCAUGACCAACAGCAACGCUGGCACGGAGGCGGAGGUGAGCAAUGAGAUGGCGAACAGAAUGUCGCUCUUCUACGCCGAGUCAACGCCCAUGCUCAAGACGCUGAGCAACGCCACCACCAGAUUCGUCUCAGAGCACGAGUCGGUGGUGCCUCUGGAGAACACGACGGACUGCCUGAGCACCAUGGCGAGCCUGUGCAAGGCCAUGCUGGACACGCCGGAGUACCGGUGUCGGUUUGGCAGCGAGGAUUCGAUGCUCUUCUGCCUGCGUGUCAUGGUGGGCCUCAUCAUCCUCUACGACCACGUCCACCCAGUCGGGGCCUUCGCCAAGACCUCCAAGCUGGACAUGAAGGGCUGCAUUAAGGUGCUGAAGGAGCAGCCCCAGGCGAGUGUGGAGGGGCUUCUGAACGCACUCAGGUACACGACACGACAUAUCAACGACGAGACGUCGUGCAAACAGAUAAAGAACAUGCUGCAGUGACGACGCCAAGCCACGUCGAGCCACCCUGGGCCUAUCCUGGGGCCACACUGCAACCAGGCCGGGCCCUCGCCCCAACCCAACGGGGUUUGGACGGGAGAAGAGAGUCACUCCCUUGGCCCCCCACCCGGGGUCUCAGGGACUCGGGGACAAGGGGGGUGGUGGUUUGGUGGGAGGAUGGGGGAGCUGGCGGGCGGGUGGAUGGGUGUUUGACGAGUUGUGAUGUUAUUUUAUUGGUGGGCUGACCGUUUGUGUGUGUGUGUGCGCGCGUGCGUGCGCGUGUGUCUCUGCGCACGCGUGCGAGAGAGAUCGCUGGUCACUGCAGUCGAGGCCGAACGUUGAAAUUCGUGACGGAAUUAUUUUAAUUUUAAGCCGCGGCUAGCGGAACGUAGCGACGUUCGUGAGCGGACGCGAUGCCCUCGGUACGACUUAUGGUACGGAAUUUGAGCCAACGGGGAGCGAAACACAUCCAUAUCCUGUGGGACAGCCGCCCCUGUGUCCUGCGAUCGACACACAGGGGGCGAUCAUUGAACAUCCACGGGACAUUCUGCGCCACAGGUCGCACGUGGUGAUGGGUACACACCUCUUCCAAGAAGUCUGGCCAGGCUGGAAGAGUAGGCCAAAUAUCACUCUUCGAGAGCUCUCUGUAGUGGAGAUCCUUCUGCGAGCAGUGGCGUGAGCAAACAAUUGCAGGGCCUGCGCCUUUAAUCCUGUGCCCUUGACGCUACAGGCAGGCGCGGCUGUCCCACGUGGAUGGAGCUGCAUGAUAUUGUAGUUUAUACGAGCGCUGCCCCACCUUGCUGUGUUUUCAGUGACGUAUGUGGAUCCGUGAACAGGGCCCGUUGGUAAGUGAGCCUAUGACGCCGUGAGAAGAGGGGCGGCUGGGAUUCGGGGCGUACAAGAACCACCAAUGACCCCCCUCCCCCCCCACUUCACUCUGCCCCAUGUGUCCCCCCCCACAGGUGUAGCAAUAACAUGAGGGGUCAGGGGUCAACACACACACGACCUCCUGUGUCCGGCGACCAGAGCCGUCCCUAGGGUACGGCGAAUCGGGGCGACCGCCCCAGGUCCCGCGCUUUGGGGGUUGGGAGGGGGGGCUCCGCGCUUCGAUGUCACAGUGUCAGAUGUAAUAAUUCCGGUUUAGUUUGAAGGCGUCGGGGGCCCACACGGUAUGGUUAAACCCGCCCCCCCUCCCCAUGGACGGCCCUGCCUGUGACUAAUCGCAACCGUGUGGUGUGCGCGGCAAGCGCGGCUCCCGUGUCCAUCCCUGUGUCCGUCCGUGUGCGUGCCCGUGUCUGUGUGAGUGUGGCUGUGACCCAUGGACCAAACGCGAGUUUUUGUAUCGUCUGUGUUGCAUGCCUCCGGCGCGUAGAGACGGUGACUGUUCGCACACAGAGGCCAGCCCCAUGGCCAUCGCCACCGCAGGGAGACGCAGUCAUCGCCGAUAGUGACGAAGGAACAAACGGUGGAAAGGAAAAUUUGCGGUUUAGGGUUAAGGUUGGUGUGAGGGGUAAUACUCGUGGCUAGCUGGUUGGCUAGUUACAUAGAAUUAGAGUGAUUUGGCAGGGUUGGUAUAUUUAUGGUGAGGUUAGGUUAGUGAGAGGGCUAGUGGUUAGUGGGGGGCAAUGGGGGUUAAUCUCCCCCCCCCCCUCCUUUGAGACCCCAAAUAUGUAUUAUUUUGGGGGAGGGGUGGUUAUUAAUGUCGGGCCCUGUUUAAACAGCUUGACAUUUUUAAACUGCCAUCCCCCCUUGGGAUGUUUUUGAUCUGCCGGAGUGGCUAGUUAGCUAGUUAUGGACAGUGACCGUGUUUGUACGAGGAGCUGGUGGUCUGUUAAGAGUUGGAGUCUGUGGGAGGACUAGCGGUAGUGGCUGGUAAGGGGUUAUUGCUCGUACUAAUUUGACAUACUAGCUGGUUACGGUUAAUGGUUAGCAUUUGGUUGGCCAGUCGGCUCAUAAACCGCUGGCAAGGUAUGGCAAUCUAAUUUUUUGGGUGCUGGAGUUUACGGUCAAGUUUCCUCUCCGUGGUGCCAUCCCCACCCAACCAAAGAGGCAGCCAGACCGCUGGGAGCCUGUUUCCAAGGCAGCUCCACCUGCUCCACCCACAGCAUUACCCUCACGUUGCAAAGUUACCAACUUGGCGGUAUAUCGACUCCCAUCACGUCCACUCACUCACUACUCGGCGUUUGCUCUCGAGCACGAGACCAGAAUAUUUCAACUGGCAGCCAGAAUAGCUUAGGGGGGUUGGGUGUUGGGACAUACUUUUUGGCACCACCAGGACUUUCUGGCACCACCAGGACUUUUCUGGCCAAAGCGGGACGUUUGAUCUCCGUACAGGACCCCCCCACGUAGCUGUUGGUGCGACUUUCCCUGCAGACACGUUGCGAGCAACCACGAUUUCUGUGUUGCUCUUUUCGAAUGUUGCCGUUGCACAACCUCGCACCGCGCUUCAGGUGACGGUCAUUUCCCCAAGUGGCAACAUUUUUUUAUGCGUGACAGUUUUAUAGUAAUACAGGACUUUAAGUAUUAUGUUUUAUAUAUAAAUGUUACUGCCUUUAUUUGCACCUUUAAUGGCUUAUGUAAAAUACCGGAUUGUUUUGUUUUUAGUCAUAGGCCGAGAAGACGCCUUUGCUUGCCUAGAUCCUCUGCCGGGUUGCCUUAGCUGGGUCGCUCAGGCAAGAGAGGAGGGCGAGGGUUGGGCCUCGUGGCCUGAACUUUAUAAUUUAUUAAGAAUCACUGGGCCACCAUUGAGCUCAUUGCCUCGGUAACAUGCAACUGCAACGAUUAACAUGCGACAUUUUGUGCAACAUUUAAAGAAUACAACAAAGCAUCCUUUGACAUCGGGUUAACCCUGACCCUGCCUCCAACACAAAGCCUGGUUCUAAAACUGGCCAUGACCCUGGCUCUGACCUUGGCUGUAACACUGACAUUGGCUCUGACCCUGACCCUGGCUGUGACACUGACCCUGGCCGUGACCUUGGCUGUGACCUUAACCUUGGCUCUAACACUAGCCCUGACCCUGGCAGCGACCUUGGCGGUGACCUUAUUCAUUGCUCUAUCGCUGGUCCUGGACGUGACCUUGGCUGUGACCUUAACCUUUGCUCUAACACUGGCCCUGACCCUGGCUGUGACACUGACUCUGACCCUUGCUCUGACCCUGACCCCGCGUCCUGUGGACACAUUUAGACCCGUGCGGUGGCGAGAGGAAAACAAAAGUCGGUGUUGCAAACUCCUCAAAGGCGAAAAGUCGCCCAAAUAUCCUCAAAGCGGUCGCUAGGUGUCGCCAGAUAGACGAAAUUUACAACCAGCUCACUAAACAACGCACCGAGCCUCGUACACGCGAAGCUGAUGCGGGGUCCAGAAUGGAUUUUCGUGGGAUUGCGCCUAAAUCUCCACAGUGCCCGCGCAUGACAACAACGCUCCCGAAUCGGAGUCGCGCGUUCUCGGUGCGCCAUGUGCAGCUGUACACACAGCACCCACGAUGUGCAGCUGUACACACAGCAUCCACAAUGUGCAGCUGUACACACAGCACCCACGAUGUGCAGCUGUACACACAGCACCCACAAUGUGCAGCUGUACACACAGCACCCACGAUGUGCAGCUGUACACACAGCACCCACGAUGUGCAGCUGUACACACAGCACCCACAAUGUGCAGCUGUA